AUGGCUCAGGAUUCUGCCUCCCAUAAUCCAAUCGGUCUUUCGGUUGGGAAUUUGACAGAACCGCCACCUCCAGUUGAUGACGAUACGAAGAGGAAGGUAGUCGAAGCUGCAGAGAAGGAUCCGACGGGCCAGAGUCAAGGGGGUCAAGGCACGGACAAGAAAGAAAAGUCGGACGAGACAUUGGACCUUGAGCGUGAGCGUGCCGAAACAGCGACCAAGUUCGCCCGAACAAAUCAUUGA